GUCCCCUAGGACACUUUUCGGUUGGAUGCAAAGGGUCCAGGUGGAGCGCCGGGCGAGAUCCAGGACUCGAGCGAAGAGAAGCCAACAAGGGAUCCGCUACCUCCAAACUUACAGAGCAGAGAGGAUCCGAUAUCUUGCAAAAGAAAUCCCGAGGACAAGACUGGGCGGUGGUGAUGCAGUAGAGGUUUUUCUUCCUUCUUUCUUUAAGGGACCCAGGAGUCCGGUUUCCCCAACCUAGGGAGGUAAGUGCUAAGGUGAAAAAGCAUCUGGCAUGCCUUCUGGUGUUUACCUCUCCAUCUACCUGCUCACCAUCCUGACAGGCUUUCCCACCAACCUUCUGGCCCUGUAUGCCCUCAUCAAGAAGGUGAAGACCAAGGCCACGCCCAACUGUGUCCUCCUCCUCAACCUCACCGUUUCCGACCUCUGCUUCCUGGCUUUCCUGCCCUUCAAGGUGGCAGAGGCAGUUGCCGGGCAGUGGCCUCUCCCCGCUCCCCUGUGCCCCCUUAGCGGCCUCUUCUACUUCAGCACCAUCUACUCCAGCACCCUCUUCCUCACGGCGGUGAGCGUGGAGCGCUACCUGGGCGUGGCCUACCCCAUCCACUACAAACUGAGGCGCCAUUCGGCUUAUGCAGCUGUGGCCAGCCUAGGCCUCUGGGCCUGCUCCUUUGCCCACUGCAGCAUUGUGUUCAUCACCGAGUUUCAGCCAUACAACAAUACAGAGCUAGACAACGGCUCCCAUAAGAACUGCUACAAGAACUUCACAGAUGUCCAGCUCGCCAUCCUGCUCCCCGUCCGCCUGGAGCUUGGCAUCGUCCUCUUCCUGGUCCCGUCCUUGCUCACUUGCUUCUGCUACUUCGGCUUCAUGAGGAUCGUGAUCUCCUCGCCGCACAUCCGCAGGAGCAAAAAGCAGCGAGCCGUGGGGCUGGUGUCAGCCACGUUAGCCGUCUUCAUCGUCUGCUUCUCGCCUUACAACAUCUCCCACGUGGUGGGCUUCAUCCAGUGGGAAGAUCCACGGUGGAGAGAUAAGGCCUUGCUCUUCAGCACCUUCAAUGCCAGCUUGGAUCCGGUCAUCUUCUACUUUUCUUCCUCUGCAGUGCAACGUUCAUGCUGGGGCUUCCUGACCCGGGUAGAGCGGGCCUGUGUCUUGCCUUCAGUGAUCCGCAAGGUGUUCUAUAGAGGGAGUGAAAAACUGGGGAGAGCAGGUCCACAGGAGCCAGUUUGCUGUUCCAGGUUAUGACCAUAUACAUCUUUGGAAAUGCCCAGAGACUGAGACUUCCUUUGUGGGCUAAGCAGAGAGUACAACAUUUGAUUUAAGUCUGACAGAAAUGGCUCCAGGCCCCCGAAACUGAAAUCUCAGUACCAUGCACCUCUGCGAUUUCCGCACCUCUGAGGCUAGCUGGACUGUGCCCAGAGAUGCUCCAUAAGUCCUUUUCCACGCUGGGUUGAGGAAUCAUAGAAUUGUAGAGUUGGACAUCUAGUCUAACCCCUUGCAAUGCAGGAAUCUUUUGCCCAACAUGGGGCUCGAACC